GGGUGGAGGUAGGUCCCCAGGCUGAGCCUCACCAGCGUCAGAGGAUUAAUAGUCCCAGCCCAGAAGCCUCAUUAACCAGGGCGGGUCUGGGGCAGGGUGAGGAGGGGCUGUGGCCCCCUUCCUUUCACCACUGGGUCCUUUCAGCCAAGCCACUCUGCCCCGGCCUUCUGGGGAGAUGUGACUCUUCUCCCUGCAGGUGUGGCCCCAGCAGGGACCCUGGCAGAGGCUGACCCCCAGACACCGCCUCCCCAUCCACAGACCAGCCCCUGGCAUCAGCCGGUGCCCCCCGUUCAUUCGCUGUACUGCCUCCGUUGGCCUUUACCCAGCACCCAUCAUCUGUCUGUUCCCUCACCCAUCAGUCCUUCUGACCAACCACACCCAACCCACCCGUCGGUCCACUCUGUAUCCACCCACAUUUUCAUCCAGUUGUCUGUUUACCCUCCUCCUGUUCCUCCAUCCUUCCAUCCCUCCUCCCCUCCUUCCAUUCUUCCCUCCAUCCUCCUGUCCCUCCAUCCUCCCAGCUCAGGUCUCCCUUCACCUACCUGUCUGACCAUCCACCCACCCAUCUUUCCAAUGAUCCCACCAGCCUCCCACCCCUUCCUGUCUCUCCACCCUCCACCCACCCACCUGUCUGUCCAUCAUCACGGAGCCAGGCUGGCGCCGGUGCCCUCAGUUUGUGUGGCUGGAUGGGGUGGGUGUGGUUCUGCCAGGUGGGACAGGGAGCUGCCCCUCAGGGCAGACUGGUCCAGGGAGACUGUGAGUUCUUGGUGAGUGCAGCAUCACUCUCGUGUGACCACAGCACAGGACGGGCUUACAGGAGGCUACCAGUGUCCCUGCCCACAGGCACAUCUCGGGGCCAGUACCACACCCUGCAGGCUGGCUUCAGCUCCCGCUCCCAAGGCCUAAGUGGGGACAGCACCUCGACUUUCAGGCCCAUCGCCAAGCCCGCCAAGCCAGCCUACAGCCCUGCCUCCUGGUCCUCCCGCUCGGCCGUGGACCUGAGCUCCAGUAGGAGGCUGAGUUCUGCCCACAACGGGGGCAGUGCCUUUGGGGCUGUGGGGUACAGGGGAGCCCCAACCGCUGUGCCCAUGCCUGCCCGGCCCGUGUCCUUCUAUGAGCAUGGUGGAGGGGGGAGCCGGGUGGACUAUGACACCCUGUCCCUGCGCUCACUGAGGCUGGGGGCCGGGGGCCUGGACGACCGCUACAGCGUGGUGUCCGAGCAGCUGGAGCCCUCGGCUGCCUCCGCCUACAGAGCCUUUGCCUAUGAGCGCCAGGCCAGCUCCAGUUCCAGCCGAGCAGGGGGCCUGGACUGGCCAGAGGCCGCCGAGGGGCCGCCCAGCCGGACCAUCCGUGCCCCUGCCAUGCGGACCCUGCAACGAUUCCAGAGCAGCCACCGCAGCCGUGGGGGGGCCGGGGCAGUGCCAGGAGUUGUCCUGGAGCCCGUGGCCCGAGCUCCAUCCGUGCGCAGCCUCAGCCUGGCCGACUCUGGUCACCUGCCGGACAUGCGUGGGCUGGACAGCUAUGGCAGCCACCGCGCUCUGCAGAGGCUCAGCAGCGGUUUUGACGACAUUGACCUGCCCUCAGCAGUCAAGUACCUCAUGGCCUCAGACCCCAACCUGCAGGUGCUGGGAGCCGCCUACAUCCAGCAUAAGUGCUACAGCGAUGCAGCGGCCAAGAAGCAGGCCCGCAGCCUCCAGGCUGUGCCUCGGCUGGUGAAGCUCUUCAACCACGCCAACCAGGAGGUGCAGCGCCACGCCACAGGCGCCAUGCGCAACCUCAUCUACGAUAAUGCGGACAACAAGCUGGCACUGGUGGAGGAGAACGGCAUCUUCGAGCUGCUGCGGACGCUGCGUGAGCAGGACGACGAGCUGCGCAAGAACGUCACAGGGAUCCUGUGGAACCUGUCCUCCAGUGACAACCUGAAGGACCGCCUGGCCCGGGACACGCUGGAGCAGCUCACGGACCUGGUGCUGAGCCCCCUCUCAGGGGCCGGGGGACCACCCCUCAUCCAGCAGAAUGCCUCCGAGGCUGAGAUCUUCUACAAUGCCACGGGCUUCCUCAGGAACCUCAGCUCAGCCUCCCAGACCACUCGCCAGAAGAUGCGUGAGUGCCACGGGCUGGUGGACGCCCUGGUCACCUACAUCAACCAUGCCCUGGACGUGGGCAAGUGCGAGGACAAGAGUGUGGAGAACGCAGUGUGCGUGCUCAGGAAUCUGUCCUACCGCCUGUACGACGAGAUGCCGCCGUCCGCCCUGCAGCGGCUCGAGGGCCGGGGCCGCAGGGACAUGGCUGGGGCGCCACCUGGCGAGGUGGUCGGCUGCUUUACGCCGCAGAGCCGGCGGCUCCGAGAGCUGCCCCUCACGGCCGAUGCGCUCACCUUUGCCGAGGUGUCCAAGGACCCCAAGGGCCUCGAGUGGCUGUGGAGCCCCCAGAUCGUGGGCCUGUACAACCGGCUGCUGCAGCGCUGUGAGCUGAACCGGCACACAACAGAGGCGGCCGCCGGGGCGCUGCAGAACAUCACCGCGGGUGACCGCAGGUGGGCAGGUGUGCUGAGCCGCCUGGCUCUGGAGCAGGAGCGUAUCCUAAACCCACUGCUGGACCGGGUUCGGACAGCAGACCACCACCAGCUGCGCUCCCUGACCGGCCUGAUCCGAAACCUGUCUCGGAAUGCCAGGAACAAGGACGAGAUGUCCACUAAGGUGGUGAGUCACCUGAUCGAGAAGCUGCCGGGCAGCGUGGGUGAGAAGGCCCCCCCAGCCGACGUGCUGGUCAACAUCAUAGCCGUGCUCAACAACCUGGUGGUGGCCAGUCCCAUUGCCGCCCGAGACCUGCUCUACUUCGACGGGCUCCGCAAGCUGGUCUUCAUCAAGAAGAAGCGGGACAGCCCUGACAGCGAGAAGUCCUCCCGGGCCGCCUCCAGCCUCUUGGCCAAUCUGUGGCAGUACAGCAAGCUCCACCGGGACUUCCGGGCGAAGGGCUAUCGAAAGGAGGACUUCCUGGGCCCAUAGGCGAGGCCUUCUCAGAGGAGGAGGAUGUGAUGAGGCCCAGCCUCCAAGGGACAGGCUCAGCUCUGCACUGCUCACCGGCUGGCCUGGAGGAGAAGGCUGAUGGCUCAGGGGCCCCUCCCUGGACCCCCGUGUGCAACUCUGAAGGGCCUGGGCCAUCAGGGAGGGGACGGGGGCUGUGGCUGGGGAUUUGGCUUCUGCAGGGCAGGGGGUAGGGCAGGGCUUGAGGCUACUCUGGUGCAUGGGGGGUGACCAAGUCACACUGGCAAAGUUGGGGCUGGCCGUGGCCCGGCAGUGCCUCGGGACAGCCAGCACUGGGAAUAAAGGUGGCCGUGAACACAGCA